GCUCCCUCCUCUCUCCAGAGCUGUUGGACCUGUUGUCCCCCCCUCCACUUCCGGGCUGCUGGGGAGGGGGACGGGCGGCCUCUCCUCCUCUUCACAGCCACCUGUCUCUGUGGCAGAAGCUGCAGUGCCGGGAGCGCGGAGCGGAGCGAGCUGGCCCAGCCUCCCCGAGCACUCCGCGAGGCCAGGCCGUCGGGUGCGGCGCCGAAGACCCUAGGCCACGCCCCACGCUUCCAGGCCACGCCCCACGCUUCCAGGCCACGCCCCGGAGCCAGGACCACGCCCACCCCGCAGGAGUCCGAAGCGGCCAUGGGGACUCCCAGUAGCCCGGAGGAGAGGUCCGGGUCCCCGCCGGUCCCCGAGUGCGACGCAGAGGUUCAGCCCCAAGGGGCCUCCCAGCCCCAUGAUCACCCCGAUGAGCCCCGCGAACAGGAGGCGCCCGGGGUCCCGGCGGAGCUUCCUAGCGGCCAAGGAGUUGAGCAGCAGACUGAGGAAGAGGAAGAAGUGGGAGAAGGCAGCAGCACUGAGAGCAGCCGGGAGGAGCCCGAGGGCGCGCCUCGGGCACAGACGCCGGCCUCGCCCUCCACCUGCACCCCUUAUGGGGAAGGGGUGAGAGCAGCCCGGAGGAGGCUCCAAGCCCAGAAGCUGGAGGCAGUGACACGUGUUGCCCUGUUGGAGCAGAGACUGAAGGAGCUUCAGCGUCAAAAGAAGGAGCUGAGGAUCCAGAUGGAGGUGGAGGUGGCCCUGAUACGGGGUGAGCUGGCUGGAGAGCGAGUGGCCCUGCGGCGGGAGGAGGAGCAGCUCCGAGAGCUGCUAGGGCAGCAGGUGGUCGAGGAGCCGGGCAGCCAGGAGCGGGAACAGGAACAGAGGCAACUAAGGCAGGAGCGGGACUGCGUGGAGGGUCUCCGCCACAGACUUCAGGAGGCCCAAGGACAGCUGGACUCCCAGCCAGAGGACCAGCGAGAGCGACUUCUGCAGGGGGUACAGGAGAUGAGGGAACAGCUGGAUGUGGCCCAGCGCGCUUAUGAGGACCUGGAGUUCCAGCAACUGGAGCGGGAGAGCCGGCAGGAGGAGGAGGAGCGGGACCACCCUGGGCUCCAGCUGCCGGACCCCAAGGUCCAGGAACUUCAGGCCAGUGUGGCCCAGCACAGGCGCCGGAUCCAGGUCUUGGAGGAGCAGCUCAAGUCUCUGGGGGAGCAGAUGGUGGCUGAGAGCCGGGGGCUCAGCCAGGAGAAGGAGGAGACCCGUCGGGCCCUGGCCCAGGAACAGAACCGAUUCCUCGAGCUUAACCGCCUUCAGGAGACACCUGGUGGGGACUUCUCUGAGCCCAACCAAGCUCUCACAAAGCUGCUGUUCACCCAGAAGACAGACCGGCAGCUGCUAGUGCUUCAGGAGCCCACCAGCCACUCUGCUGCCACCUCUACCUCUUCCUGCCUCUUCUCUGUCCACAGCUCCCUGCAGGGCUCCUUUGGUCUCCAGAGGACUGGAAGCCUGCCCCGGAGAAGAGGAGAGAGAGGGAGCCAGAGAGGAUCCCCACGACCUCUGUCCCUCCAUUGUACUGGACCCCUUGAGGCCUCGACUCUCACACCAGCAGUGGAGGCCUCUGGGAGACACCCGCUCUAUCAGCUGCUAAACUGUGGCCCUGGGAACAGCUGCAGGGCCACCCUCCACCCAGACAUCGCUCACAUGGAGAAGCUUCUGCAUCAGGCGAUCGCAGAGAGGGAGCGGCUGAUCAAGGCCAGGGAAGGAAUGAAAAAGAGCAGAGAAAGUUCCUCAGGCCCAGCUCUUCCUGCCAUCAUGGCUCCACCCGCGCCCCCACCCCGCCCUCCAGGCCCCCGCGUCCUGGAUCUCCGGCAGCACCUGGAACGGUGGGGCCACAACCCAGAAAGCUGUCCUCAUGUGCGCGUGUCCUGUGGCUGCUGCCGAGGACCCCUGGUGAAGAUGGGUGGCCGCAUCAAGACCUGGAGGAAGCGCUGGUUCUGCUUCGACCGCCAGGCACGUCGCCUGGCCUACUAUGCAGACAAGGAAGAGACCAAGCUCAAAGGUGUCAUCUACUUCCAGGCCAUUGAGGAAGUCUACUAUGACCACUUACGCUGUGCCUUCAAGAGCCCCAGCCCUCGCCUGACGUUCUGUGUCAAAACCUACGAACGCCUUUUCUACAUGGUGGCCCCGAGCCCCGAAGCCAUGCGCAUCUGGAUGGACGUCAUCGUCACCGCCGCGGAUGAGAACCACGCCCCCUGAGCGGCCCCGCCCACCCGGGGACGUCCUGGCGAAGCUCCGCCCCACACGCAGUAGUGCUCCAAGGCCCCGCCCAUUCCAGAAACGGGGGCCCGCCCCUUCUGAACUCUCCCGGGAACCCUGCGGUGGCUGCGGCUCAGCUGGCCUGAGUCGCGGCUCUCCGUGCAGCUGGGGUGGCCCCGCGACGACGGGAUCGCCAGUCCCGGGGCCCUGCCUGGGGCAGGAGGACGAUUUCAGGGUGGGAAGAAACUAUUUAUUGGUGCUCCUGUGAAACCGAAUUAAACACGGCGGAAAAACA